UUUUUACUCAGUUUUCAUUUUCCACCCUCUGAGAUUUCAAACCUCUGCAACUGACAUUUCUCUGGACUUGAAAACAUGAGCACAGAUUUGCACCUGCUGAAACUAUAGCAACUAAUUAAACUCUCAACAAACUAUAAACACUGCCGGAAAAUCCAUCUGACCUCAGUACAGGAAAAAAAUGAGGCCGACGACUGAGGCCCUCUGGGCGGCACUCAUGUUGGCGGGACUCCAGCAGCUCACCUCACUCGCCUCAUCACCUGACAGCAGCGUGGACCUCUCGUCCCAGAACCUCUCCUCAGUCCCCAGAGACCUGCCUCAGGGGGUUGAGUUUUUAGAUCUGUCACACAACCACAUACAGCAACUUCACCAAGGAGACUUUAAAAACACCACCCUCCUGAGGCGCCUGAAUGUGUCGUGCAACAGUUUGGAGGGGAUAGAUCCAGGGACGUUCCUCGACACUCCACUCCUGGAGGAUCUGGACCUGUCCCACAACAGGCUGAGGAACCUGGCGGGUCAGCAGUACCUCCUGCACACAGGAAAUCUCCUGUCGUUGAAUCUGACCUGGAACUCGUUCGUCACAAUGACACUGGGGGAUUCUUUCAGUUCCCUGGCGAAACUGGAGAGAUUGGCACUUGCGGCAGAAAACAUCAGUGUGGGUGAUUUCAAGAGCAUCGCUGAAAAGAAACUGCAAACGCUGACACUUUGUCUGGGGGAUGAGUUGGGUUAUGAGGCUGGCAGCCUGAAGGACAUUCACGCUCAAAGGCUUCAGAUAGCCUCCACCAGUAGUAAGAUUGUGGACCGUGGCCUGUAUUCUGAUGCUCUGUCAUUCUUUGACGAAGUGGAGUUGAUGAAUUUGACAGGUGGCUACAGGGAACUUAGUGAGCAGCUUAGCCAGAGGGUAGAAAUCCGCACUUCUCAUCUUCAUCUCACCAACAUAUCAGUCAAAUGGCACGACUUAACUCACUUUGUCAAUGUGAUUCUGCAAACAUCUAUCACCCAUUUGAGCAGCUCUGAUGUGGCCCUGUAUGAUUUGCCUUAUGUAGACACUAAGGUGACCCAGAAGUCUAGAAUGAAAUCCUUUUCGAGUAGAAGGAUUGUGGUGAAGUCUUUCUUUUUCUCACAGGAGGCCGUAUACAACUUCUUCAUCAAUAUACCUGUGAAGAGUUUCUCAGUCACAGAGACUCCAAUCAUACACAUGACCUGCCCAAAGUCACUGAGUCCAAUGCUCCAGCUGGAUUUCUCCUACUGUGCUUUAUCGGACACCAUCUUCUCCAUGGUGGAGAAACAGCAAACUGUUGAGUGUCAGACUCUCAGUAACGUGAGAAAACUGAUUCUGGUCAGCAACAAUCUCAAGAGUCUCCAGUUGCUGAGCCAACGCAUGCAACACAUGAAAUCACUGCAGCAUCUUGACCUCAGCCUCAACUCCCUCUAUUACGAGGGUACAGAUGAGUGUGUGUGGCCACCAAACAUCACCAAUAUGACUCUGUCCUCCAACCGUCUCACGGACUCCGUUUUUAAAUGUCUACCAGAAGGAACAGAGACGCUGGACCUCCAGAACAACCAGGUUUCUGUGGUGUCGUCAUCCAUCUUUAAAAUGGAAAACCUGAAAUCUCUGAAUCUGAUCGCCAACAGGCUGCGGGACCUGCCUGUGUGUCACGGUUUCCCUAAACUGAACGAGCUUCUGCUCAGGUCAAAUUCCCUCCACGCCCCAUCUGUGAGGAGGCUGGAUACCUGCCCCGAGCUGAGAACCCUGGACGUCAGCUACAACCCCUUCACCUGCACCUGCGCUCUGAGGGGUUUCAUACGACUUGGCAUCGAAUCUGAAAGGAACAACAGUCACACAGGAAUUGAAUUAUUGAGCUGGCCAGUGGAGUAUUACUGCACCUACCCAGAGGACGCUCGAGACACCAUCUUGAAAGACAUCUGGAUUCCAGAGGUCACCUGCAAUGUUGGCAUCCUGGCAGCCACCAUCUUGUGCCCAGCAGUGGUAGUGAUUUUGGCAGUUGUGACCCUGUGCCACCGUUUAGACAUUCCCUGGUACAUGGGGAUGAUCUGGAAGUGGACCAGAGCCAAACAUCGUGCCAGAACAAGACAAGUCCGACCUGAGGACCUGAUCGGUGUCGAGUUUCAUGCUUUUGUGUCUUACAGCCAGCACGACACCGACUGGGUGCACGACUCCCUCCUUCCCAACCUUGAAGGUCCUGCAGGAGGCCUCCGAAUCUGCCUUCAUGAGAAACACUUUGUGCCGGGAAAGACAGUUGUAGAGAACAUCAUCGGCUGCGUGGAGAAAAGCAGGCGCUCCCUGUUUGUGCUCUCGGCUCACUUUGUCAAGAGCGACUGGUGUCACUACGAGCUGUACUUCGCCAGCCACCAGCGCCUUUCCCGGGGCUCCGACAGCAUCGUGCUGGUUCUGCUAGAGCCUCUGCCUCAAUACACGAUCCCAUCCAAGUACUAUCAGCUGAAGGCCAUGAUGGGCCGGCACACCUACUUGGAGUGGCCACAGGACAUGGCCAAGCACAGGCUGUUCUGGGUGAACCUCAGAGCUGCUCUACAGGCAGACCUGCCCAACGCACCGGUCACAGAGAUAGAGUGACUGCACAGGGCAGGCUUAAAAGAGGAAAAGGAAGUUGGAAGACGAAGUAGGAAAGUGGCAGAGGAAGUUUGCAAAAGGGAACAUAGGAGUAAAAUCGUAGGAGCACAGGGGACACUUGAGUGUAUCGCUUUUUUUUGUAUUCCUUUAACAUGAGUCUGCUUUCUUGUGCUGCGAGUUGUUUUAAGUUUGUACUAUUUAAAUCACAUCACAUGCUAACUUCUUGAAACAAUUCAAAUGACAUUUAAUGUUGACAUUUACAUAAACUAACAAGUUGAUCAGGUUUGUAACAAAAACAAUAAACAUUACCAGAGAAUAUCAAAAA